CCUCGGGCCGCGGUUGCCCAGCACCGCCAGGCGGUUGCUUGGGCACCGGAUUAGGCCGGUCGGUAGCGACCAUGCCUCAGGUGCCGGAGUUGUAUUCCCGUCGGAAGCGGUGGGACGGGCAGACCGCUUCCCUGCCGGAGAUAUUUGGAAGUUCUGGAAAUUCCACCUCAGCACCUCUAAUUGAUUGGUUGCAAAAUAAAUAGCCCUCCUGCGCAGGCAGCUGUCCUGCCCCAGGCGCGACCCCGGAAAGGAAGGGCUGGUGGGUUGUUACCGUCGUUGACAAGCAAUUCAAUUUGGAUUACAAUUGGGGAUGUGGUACUGGAAAGAUGAAACCAGAACUCUUGAAUUCAGAAGUUUUACACCUGCAGUAGAACUCAAGGAAAAAGGGAAGAAAGGCAAAGCAAUACACUUUGCUGAAACUGAUGGUCCAGCUGCAGACAGGUUGACAGAUAAAAAAUUUGCUUCAAGAGAUGAUAAGUCACCUAAAGCCUUAGGAAAACGAGGUCAGCAGGGCAAUGUGACACUACAUGAUGCUAAAUUUGUUGCUUUGUUUUUGCUACAAGAUACUGAGAUGCAGCGGAUCUGUUCUUUUACAAUAUUUAUGAGGAAUAAGAAUCUUGACAAUUUCCUCAUGGCAUUAUUGUACUAUUUAUCUCAUUACUUGGAAAAAAACUCACUGGAAAAACAACCCAAAAGCUAUAUGGUGGGCCUUGUAGAGAAAAAAGAGAUGGAAUUGGUUAUAAAUAAGUUAGAAGCAGCACAGAAAUACUUAGCACAGAAGUACUGCAUCCUUGUCCUGGGCUUGGCUAUGCCUGAUAAGCAUCAUAUGUGCUGUGGAAAGGAGAAAAUCUCAGAUACACAAAAAGACUGGAAAUUCUUUGAGUCCUUUUAUACUUUCUGUACGUAUGUAGCUUGGAUUGUCUUCCGACGUCAACACUUCACAGAGAUUGAGGAAGAAAUAGGGAGGCUCUUUCGUACCAAUUUGUUCAACAUUCCUCGAAGGAAGCGUGAGGAUGAAGAAUCAGGAGGGGAAAAGAAACGCAUGACUCUUGUACAAUUCAGGAGAAUGAUGGCAAAACGCCCAGCGAUUAAAAAAGCCAUUCACAUGCGCUCUCCAGUCAUGUCUACUCUGCUGCCAUCUCUCAGAGAAAAAGCUCAGGAUAUCUUUGAGAAAAAGAAUCAUCAAGUAGGCAUCAAAUUCCCAGCCCAGAUGCAAGAGCACAUGGAAAGUCUGGACUCUGUGCCUAUGCCAACAGUUGGCAUCCUGGGGGAGCCUCGAUGUCUGUUCAACCCCCAUACCCUUCUUCCUCUUGAUCUGGAAGAAAACAUGAAAUCAGAUGGGAGACAUUCUUCCCUGAUCGAAAAAAAUAACAUGAAAAUCCAAGAUACACUGAACUUAGUCAUGAGAACACUAUCCUCUCAAACAACAUUCUCUAAAUAAUCGGGUACCUUCCAUUUCUGUAAUUAAGUUCCUAUAUUUGAAGUAAACUACUUUGACUUAAUCACUUUAUAUAGGACUAAUAUUUAUUAUUGUUAAACUUUUUAAGGUGUUCAAAUUAUUUUGUUAAAAGUGGAAUAGUAGACAAGGAAUCCCAGAAAGCUCUUGAAAAGCUCAUUUUCCUGUAUUGACUAGUUUGUUUUGUUAUUAUAUAUUUACUUCCUUGGCUUCUAUGUGACUGUUUAGAGUAAUGUAUUAGAAUAUUUAGCCAAUAUUCUAGUGGACUAGUGAAGAAACAUCCUGUGUAUUUGUUUCUAAGCUCAUUUUUACUAUAUGAGAGAGUAUCUUUGGUACAUUUGAAAACUAAAUUUUAUAAAAAGGGAAACUAAAAUGUUUUAAAAAUGAAACUUCCUGGGGCAGCCCUGGGUGGCUCAGCGGUUUGGCGCCUGCCUUCGGCCUAGGGUGC